AUGUCAUUCAUCGCUAGAAGACAAUUAUCUACAUUAAUCCCACCAAAGAUUGCUUCUGCUAAGAACAUUGGUUCAAACCCAAAUGCUAAGAGAAUGACCGAUGUCGUUUCUUUCUACAAGAAAUUACCAAGUGGUCCAGCUCCAGCCUUCAAGAAGCCUACUUCUCCUCUCGGUAAGUACAAGGCUGCUUACUUCGAAGGUGAUAACGCUUCCGGUAAGCCAUUACUCCACUUGGCUCUUAUUGUCGGUAUCUUAGGUUACACUUGGGAAUACCAAUCUCACUUAAAGCACCACAAAGGACACUAA